AUGCCCCAGGAAGGAAACUCUCUAGUGUGUGACACAUUGGCAGCUAGUGUUGCUGCCGUUGGUGCUGUCACCUUCACCAACCCUAUCGAGGUGGUCAAGACCAGAAUGGCGCUUCAAGGAGAGCUCGUGAAAUCCAAGAACCUUAAAGCGAAGAGCUACACCAACCCUGUUCAGGCAUUGAUAUCUAUUGGAAAGAACGAAGGGUUGAAGGGAGUCCAAAAGGGUUUGGUAGUGGCGUACCCUUACCAAAUAUUGCUUAACUGUUGUCGUUUAGGAUAUUACGAACCUACCCGUCAGUUCCUCAAUAAUUUUUUCCACCCCAAUGAAGACCCCCGGAUAUAUCAGAACAUGUACAUCAACGUUUUCACUGGAUCAAUGACAGGUGCACUUGGGGCAGCUGUAUCAUCCCCAUUGUAUCUAGUGAAGACCAGAAUGCAAUCAUAUGCUUCUCACAGUUCCAAAACUGCCGUUGGCCAGCAAACACACUACACAAACUUCGUCCAAGGAUUGCAGCAAAUCUAUAAAACAGAAGGGGGUAUUAAUGGUCUUUUUAGAGGUUGUGAUACUGCUAUGAUCAGAACAGCUGCCGGUUCAGCUAUUCAGCUACCAUUGUAUAAUUAUUGCAAAGGUAUUAUAAAAACAAAUUUUGGGUACAGUGAUGACGACACAAGAUUGCACUUGAUUAGUUCUACGAUAACAGGUUUUGGUGUGGGUUUUGCAAUCAAUCCUUUUGAUGUUAUUUUGACCAGAGUUUACAACCAAAGAGGUAACUUAUAUAGUGGUCCAGUUGAUUGUUUAAUGAAAACCGUAAAGACUGAAGGCCCAAGAGCCUUGUUCAAAGGGCUUGGUGCUUCAUUGAUGAGAUUUGCUCCGCACUCUAUUCUUACAUUGACCUUUAUGGAAAUGGCAUCCAUAUGGAUUUAUGGCGCUCGGGAUACUUAUUUCCGGUGA